GACAGAUCGUGUCAGAAUCAGUUUAUGGAAGAGUAGGGUAUUCGAGUUAAAGAUAUCUUGCAAAUACAGAGAAAUUAAUCGGUUGGAUAAUUAAAGAGAGUUAACGAAGCUAAAAAAACAACAUGUUUUAUCACAUAUCAUUGGAGCAUGAAAUCCUGUUGCAUCCCAGAUACUUCGGACCUCAGCUACUUGACACAGUGAAACAGAAGCUUUACACCGAAGUCGAAGGAACGUGCACUGGAAAGUACGGAUUUGUUGUCGCAGUGACAACGAUAGACAAUAUCGGAGCUGGUAUUAUUCAACCAGGACAAGGUUUCGUUGUAUAUCCUGUUAAGUAUAAGGCUAUUGUUUUCCGUCCUUUCAAAGGAGAGGUUUUGGACGCAGUUGUAACGCAAGUCAACAAGGUUGGUAUGUUCGCUGAAAUAGGACCUUUGUCUUGUUUCAUAUCUCAUCACUCCAUUCCAGCCGACAUGCAGUUUUGUCCAAAUGUCAAUCCACCUUGUUAUAAGUCAAAGGAAGAGGAUGUAGUAAUUCAAGCAGAUGACGAAAUAAGAUUAAAAAUUGUUGGUACCAGAGUUGAUGCAACAGGGAUUUUUGCCAUUGGUACCCUUAUGGAUGAUUUCCUUGGUUUGGUGAUGUAAUCGGACGUAAUUACUGUACUCCAAAAAUGUAACAUACAACCUGAUUCAUGGACUGACAUAAUUUACUGCACAGAAGGUAGUGGCAACCAAGAAAGAGUGUGACAAUUGAUCCUGGGAUGUUUGCAGGCUCAUCUAAAUGUCCAAUUUGUGAUAAAUUCAAUCACUUAUCAAUGGUUCAAAUUGGUAAUAAGAUAAUAUAAGAUACUUAAGUUAGGAAUUACCUUUCAAUUCUACGUGUAAAUAAAUUUUUAUCUCGGG